CCAAACCGUUCCUCUUCUUCCCGGACCUGCCUCACUCUUCGACUACUUGUGUCCCAGCUUUAUUUGACCAAAUAAGAAGAGAGAGAGAGAGAGAGAGAGAGAGAGAAUUGUGAAAGAAAGAAAGAAAAAGGAUUACGUUGAAAGGAAAAUUUUAAAUGAGGACAGUUGUUUCGCGGUUGAUCCUUUCAAAAUCAUGGAUUCCCAGGCACAAUACAAUGGCUGCAACCAGAAAUGGGAGACAUUUGUCAACAGAUUCUAACAAGGUUGACGAACCAUUCAAAGUUGAGGAAGCAGAGACAGUUAAUGUUCCCCCACCUCCAACAGAGAAGUUACUUGUGUUGGGUGGAAAUGGAUUUGUUGGCUCACAUGUUUGUAGAGAAGCUUUAGAUCGAGGUUUGUCUGUUGCUAGUCUCAGCAGGUCUGGUCGAUCAUCUAUACAUGAUUCUUGGGCUAACAAAGUGACCUGGCAUCAAGGAAACCUCCUUUUACCUGAUUCAUGGAGAGAAGCCCUGAGUGGGGUGACAGCUGUUAUCUCCUGUGUUGGUGGUUUUGGCUCCAACUCUUAUAUGUAUAAAAUUAAUGGGACUGCAAACAUCAAUGCAAUAAGAGCUGCAGCAGAAGAAGGUGUGAAAAGAUUUGUAUAUAUAUCUGCUGCUGAUUUUGGCUUGGUAAAUUACUUGCUGCAAGGAUAUUAUGAGGGAAAGAGAGCUGCUGAAACAGAGCUACUAACCAAAUUUCCUUAUGGGGGAGUGAUUCUGAGGCCUGGGUUUAUUUAUGGGACUCGCAGUGUUGGGAGCAUGAAGAUACCUUUAGGUGUAAUUGGUUCUCCUAUGGAGAUGGUUCUUAAACGUGCAAAACCGCUGAACCAGCUGCCACUUGUUGGGCCUCUGUUCACCCCCCCUGUCAGUGUUACUGCAGUGGCGAAGGUGGCUGUCAGAGCAGCGGCUGAUCCAGUUUUUCCUCCCGGCAUCAUAGACGUCGAGGGAAUACAACGUUAUAGCCAACAAAAGUCAAAAUAGAAACGCUGGAAUCCCUUUUUCUUUUUUGUUUUCUUUACCCAUAUAGAGUCGACGCUAAGCUGUUGAAAAAUCUCACUGAAUGAAAAAACUUCAGUAUUUGUUGUUAUUGGUGAAUUGAAGAAUAAUGAUCUGAGGAUCAUUUCAGGUUUUGAUUUUGGUGCAAUAACAUGGGCUGCCCAUACUUUUGUUGACCA